AUGAGCUACAAUAAUUAUUAUAACGGCGUUUAUUACGAUAGCCAGUCAGACAGCUACCAACAGCCUCCUUCUAGGAAACCGAACUACAGCUCAGGCGUACCCAGCCAUAACCCUCGCUAUCGUGGACCUAACUACAGGGAAGAACCCCUGAAGCUCAGCCCAGAGAAUGAUCACGUCAUCAUCCUCGGCUUUGAGGACUUUUGGACAGAAGAAGACUUAAAGCAAGCGCUCGAGAGCCUCGGCGGGAGUGUCGAAACUACGACGAUCAUCAAAGAGAAAGGAACUGGCAUCAGCAGAGGUUUUGGUUUCGCAAAGUUCUCCUCAAUCGCUCAUGCCUCCGCUUUCGUUAAACCACGCUUUCCCACUUUCCAACUCCCAGGUUCAGAGUUGAGACAGAAGAUCGACUUUAGUGCCUCUGCACAAGCGAAUGAGUAUCGAAAGACAGGCCACAAUCGCAACGACGGUACACGUGAUAUCGGUAAUGUUCCAUGCAAACUCGUUUUGAUAAGAGGUUUGGAUCAGGAGAGUACUGAAUAUGACGUUGAAUACGCCCUUAAACAGGCAAACGCAAAGCCUAAGAGGGUGGCAAUCAUUCGAGAUAGGGAAUGUGACCUUAGUUUUGGUUUUGGUUUCGUCGAGUUCGCCAAUAUCCCCUCAGCACAGUCCUUCAUUGCAGUUACGCUCUCACCAGAUGCUUACCCUACCGGGUUCCGCAUACAAGAUAAAUUAAUCGCCUGUACCUUCGCACUUGAGCAGAGUCUCACUGGUUUGGAUGCACCGAAAGGUCAUAACGAUGGCAUCCGCUAUUGGGAUGGCACUGGUAAACCAACAGUAAUAGACUGUGAGGAGGGAUGGCAAGAAGCUUCCCAGAAAGUUCGUAAGAAGCAAAAAGUUGACACCAACACGAAAGGAGCACUUCAUGGACUUAUACUACCACAAGGUCCACCUCCGAAACCAGACCAGAGUAAGAAGCCUAAAGGUUUGUCCAAAUCUUCAACUGGCCCUAUCAAAAUCGGUAUUGGCAAUCCAGUGGCGAGCUCCUCAAAUUCUGCGAAUACCAGUGGCCCAACUAGCAAGCCAAAGCACAUUUCUAUCCUCGGUCAAGAUGAAUCGGACGAUGAUGAGCCUGUCAGUAUUGAUCCGAGUACAUCUGAAGAUAAGUCCAAGAAGAAUGUACCACAAUUGGCUGCGAAUAGGAAGACUGCUUCGAAGAUUAACCUCUGGAAUCAGAAACAAGAUGAGUUAAGGACAACAAUGGCUGACCCUGCCGAGCAGGCGCAGAUGCAGGCACAGAGUGCCGUUGUGGAGAAACCAUCAGCGGCACCAGUCAGAGAGACGUCGCAACAAAGCGAAAAGAAUGAUUUUGAUUAUUCAGAUACAAACAAAAUGGCUUGUUUACUAUGUCAAAGGCAAUUCAAGACUAUUGAAGUACUUCGCAAACAUACUACACAGUCAGAUUUACAUAAGAAUAAUCUGAAGAAUGAAACAGUUUGUCAGUUAGGAAGAGAACGCAAAGCUUCAUCGGUUCCAAAAUACACAGACCGCGCAGUCAAGCGGAGGGAAGUGUAUGGCCAACCAGACAAUCCAAUAGGAUCACAGCCAAAUAAGAAGAGAAGAAGCGAACAAGUCACUGAAACUACUGCAACACCAGAAGAAGAAGCACCAGAUAAGGGUAAAAACUUGCUCGAGAAAAUGGGAUGGAGUCAAGGUGCUGGAUUGGGUAACAGUAAUGAGGGAAUCGUCAAUCCAGUUGAGAGUCUGAUAUAUGAGGGUAAAGCUGGUUUAGGUGCUUCGAAAGGCAAGGAUCUUGGUUAUGCUAGCAGAGGGUACGUCGAGAAUGCCCGUGUUACUGCAAAAGAGAGAUAUGAAGAAAAUAAGAAAUGA